AUCUCCCAAGAAUCUAAACGACAAUCCUUUCCAGCCAUAGACACUAAACUGCCACUGAAUUUCUCCACCUCUCUCAUCCAACCAAUCUGUAAUCCUCUCCCAGACUCUUUUAUCUCUCUUGUUUUCGUGUCUUUCAUCUUGUUCGUUUUUUUCCUUUUCGGUGCUAGUAAACAAUGGCAAUGACUGUAAAUGCAGCUGUAUCUCUCCCAUCUUCCAAGUCAUCUUCUCUUUCAUUUAAAAACUCAAUCACUAUCCCUGAAAGACUCAACUUCAACAAGAGUAUUUUGUACCCAAAGAAUGUCACUGUUGGUGGAAAUGUGAUUUCCAUUAGAGCUCAGGUCACUACAGAAGCUCCUGCAAAAGCAGAAAAGAUUUCCAAGAAAGAUGAUGAAGGUAUCGUUGUUAACAAGUUCAAGCCAAAGGAACCCUACGUCGGAAAGUGCCUCCUAAACACUAAAAUCACCGGAGAUGAUGCUCCUGGAGAAACUUGGCACAUGGUUUUCAGUACUGAAGGGGAAGUACCGUACAGAGAAGGACAGUCCAUCGGUGUCCUUGCUGACGGUCUUGACAAGAACGGGAAACCCCACAAACUUCGAUUGUACUCUAUUGCUAGCAGUGCUUUGGGAGACUUUGGCAAUUCUCAAACCGUCUCCUUGUGUGUCAAAAGGCUUGUAUAUACCAACGAACAAGGAGAGAUAGUGAAAGGAGUUUGCUCAAAUUUCUUGUGUGAUUUGAAGCCUGGUGCUGAUGUGAAGAUCACGGGACCUGUUGGGAAAGAGAUGCUUAUGCCAAAAGAUCCAAAUGCCACCAUCAUAAUGCUUGCAACUGGAACUGGAAUUGCGCCUUUCCGUUCAUUCUUAUGGAAGAUGUUCUUUGAAAAGCACGACGACUACAAGUACAAUGGAUUGGCUUGGCUCUUCUUGGGUGUUCCCACCAGUAGCUCACUACUCUACCCAGAGGAGUUUGAGAAGAUGAAGGAAAAGGCACCAAACAACUUCAGGGUGGAUUAUGCCAUAAGCAGGGAACAAACAAAUGAAAAGGGAGAGAAGAUGUAUAUCCAAACACGAAUGGCCCAAUACGCUGAAGAGCUUUGGGAAUUGCUCAAAAAAGACAACACCUAUGUCUACAUGUGCGGGCUCAAGGGAAUGGAAAAGGGAAUCGAUGAUAUCAUGACUUCUUUGGCUGCCAGAGAUGGUAUUGACUGGGUUGAAUACAAGAGAGAUUUGAAGAAAGCAGAACAAUGGAACGUUGAAGUGUACUGAUCUUGGCUGGCUGAUAUUUGCCAUUCGGUCAUUUCAUCCUUUUUCUAACUUGUUUGUUGUGUAAUUAUUGCCUCAAAACAAGUUAUAUAGUGCAAAUUUGGAGGAACUGUAUCUUGUAAUA